GGCAGCCUUUUUCCUACAUGCGUUUGCCAGACUACUUGAAUUGCAUCACUCCUAAUAAUUUCCCAAGCCGUAUACCGAUAGCCAGGAGAGCUAGUCUUCCCCCCAGCGUCUUCGCAAGUACUUUCUGGUAGAUUUCUCAAGAAUGGAUGACCCAGUCAACCAGAUUAAGGGAGUUAUACGAUCGUUGAUAGAGCCCUACCGACAUGCGGUCGUCGGAGAAAACGUAUCAAAAUAUUUCACUCCCGAUGCCACUAUUUCGAACCCUUUAUGGAUCCAUACCAAGCUUUCGAAAUCUGACAUACAUGUGAAGAGUAUAUACGAAAUACUACGAUUGUUUUCGAUCAAUAACCGGGUCGAGUUCCAGGGAGUCAUGUUUGAUGAGACAAACGAACAUUGUACAAUAGAGCUGGUCGAGACCAUGGAUUCCAUCUUACACUAUAAUUUUCUUUCCAAUGUCAGCAUCCCAUUGCUGAUUCGUCUUGAUCUGACCAAAGGAGCAGAUGGCAAGUACUGGAUUUCAAAGGAGAAAAGCAAUAUCCCAACGGACCUUAAAAUGAUUGGGAUGGUCUUGUUCCCUAGUCUAAUUUCCAUAGGCAAAAUCCUUGGCUUGACAGCGGGUAUCGGAACAGGCGCUAUCGGUCGUGCCGUUCCAAUCACUUCCUCCUAGAUUCUGCUGUUGAUCUGACUUGGCUACUGAAACCCCAUAAUUUAGGCCACAAGUGCUACAUACAUGGAAAUUGUGUGAUGAUUAUUUCAUGUCACCUUUUGUGCCCUGGAAAAUGACACAAAUGGCAUCUGGUGUUGAAACAUCAAGGUAGGAACUGUUUGAUACAAUUGUUCACACAUUCAAGUUGAAGGAAGAAUGCUCUACAGCAUUGAAGGCAAUUCAUAAUCAUAAUAAAAAUCAUCACACAAGCAUAUAUCACCAAUGUAUGCAACAUAAUAGCAGUGAAAUCCAUGUUGCCUGGGCCCA